UCACUUUUAUCACUUUCAAAAUUGCUCUUGCUCAUGUUUUGGUAGAUUAUUAUAAACAGCCCUCAUCAUGAGGAACACUCAGUUACAUCCAGCGUCCAUCACGCCACGCCGGGGAGCACCCCGGAUCCUGAACAUCCCCUGGAAGAUGUUCCUUUGCCGUCGAUUGAAGCCGUCAAUCAACAAGUUUCCCCUGAAUAUGAGGCUCCAACGUCAUUCCCGACCUUGGUGGAAGUUGCUGAUGCCCUCGACGAGGCAGCAGUCGAAGAUCCCCCGCAGCGCACACCAUCUCCUGUCGAUGAUCCAACCCUCGGUCUGACGCCAGCCAGGGCGCAUCGACGUGGCCGAAGAUCAACAUCUCGUCAACCUGGCCCUCCUCAUCGUGUUGAGGAUGAAGAGGCACCUGAAGACCUGUUCAAUUCGCGAAGCUUCCAGUCAGCUUUCCAAGAGGCCAAAGAAGCCAUGAAAAAGCUAGCCAAUGUUCUUGGCUCCAGUUCUCAGCAGGCAGAUACAGGCUCAACCAUUCUCGAGCUUAAGCUGAAAGCUACGAAGCUUGCCGAGUUUCAACAUCCUGCCACACGCACUGUUGGUUUUGUCGGUGCAUCUGGCUCUGGAAAGAGCAGUUUGCUAAAUUCUCUUCUCGACGCGAAGAAUCUUGGCAGAGCGGUAUGUUCUCCAUAAUCCCGAUUAAGAACAGAAAUGGGACUGACAGUAAUAUUCUUCAUCUCAGAGUAAUAGCGGACAAGCCUGUACAUGCGUGGCAACCGAGUACCACUAUCAUGCUAGCUGCGGCUUUAUCAUAGAAGCUGAUCUCUGGACCGAAAAUGAACUGAUGGGCCAGUUGAGCGACCUGCUUCAGUCAUACCGCCAAUUUCAGAGCCGAUCUUAUGAUGAAAGCAGUGAAGCUGCGAGGCAGGAUUGCGAGAACCGUGCGAAAAUGGCUGCGGACACUUUCCAAGCCAUGUUCGGCGAGCGUCUCGAAAACGACGCCUUCUUGGUCGAACAUACACCAGAGGAUAUCUUGCAAACAUUUCAAACUUGGAUUAACGAAAUUAGACCUGUCAGGCUUCUCAAUCGCAUGGAAAUUGGAACACUGGAAGAGUGCUCCAAUGCCUUGGUGCAUCUUGCUUCCGACAAGACUGCGGGCAAAGAGCCUCCAGUAUGGCCUUAUUUGCGAAAGAUCAAAGUGUAUUGCAACGCACAAAUUCUAAGCAAAGGAUUGAUUCUUGCUGACCUCCCAGGCCUCGGUGAUCUCAAUUCCGCCCGGCGAAACGUGACCGAAAGGUUUCUUCGCGAAUGCCAUGAGAUAUUUGUUGUGUGCAAUAUCGGCCGCGCUGUCACUGAUAUUGGCGUAGAGGAUGUAUUCAAGCUUGCUAUGCAAGCGAAACAAGAGAAUCUCCGCAAUGUUGGCAUAGUUUGCACCAGGUCUGAUGAAAUUAAGCCGGAUGAGGCCAGAAAUGACUGGACCGGGCCAACGGUCGAGCGUAUAAGGCAGCUCCAACGUGAAAUCGAAAGAAAGAAGCGAGAAUUGCGACGAAUCAAAGAUCAAUUGGAUGAUUUGGACUCGGAGGAUGAAAGGAAUAGCGAAGAAAUAUCAAGACACAAGGAUCAAAAAAAACUGACAAAAAUCACUAUGAAGCAAAGAGAAUUUGAGCUUCUAGAAUUCCUCAUUACCACUCGUAGCGAGGAUGUAAUUGAGAAGCUGACUGCCCAUUAUGAAGAAUUCAUUCCAGAAAAUAACCUGCAGGUCUAUUGUAUCAGCAAUGACUUUUACUGGGACAAUCGAGAUGCUGACAGGGAAGAGUCGCAGCCAUAUCUGAACCUGAGCGGAAUUAUACAGCUUCGGAAACGGUGCAUCUCGAUUGUCUCCAAUGCACAGCACGAGGCAGCGACUAGCUUCAUGCAAAACGAUAUUCCUGCUCUCAUUGCAAAUGUUGGUCUUUGGGUUGAGUCUGGUGCCGCAACCAUGGAUGACGAACGCAAAGAAUCCAUCCGCCGCGUCUGCGGGGUACUGGAACAGCAAUUAGUCGGAGCUUUUCAAAGCGGAUCUGCGCCUGCGGUACGCCUCUCAAGAACGUUGCAGCAGCAAUUUACCGACAACAUAUGGUCCACCCGAAAUACGGCGCAAUGGGCGGACGGCGCUAAAGACAUGGCGUCUGUAUGGCAUGGUUGGCAUCAUGCGACGUAUGCGGCGUACUGUCGUCACUUUGGGCAUUAUUGCUCAGGUGUCCAACCUGGACGCAAUUGGAAUGAGCAAAUUAUUCACCGUAUGGUAAAUGACCUCUCCACUCCCUGGGAGAGUGUGCACAAUUCCGCCAAUGGCGAGUAUGACAACUUGUCUCUUAGUGUUAAUAUACUAUUGGACGACUUGAUCGAGUACUUGGAGACCGAGCUCGGUGUUGCCGCAAACGAAGUGGUCCUUUUGCGGCGUGUCCUGCAAACCGAAAGGAGCAUCUUGCUCAAUGAGAUUAGUCAGGCCUUUAGGACAUUUAACACGGAUCUUUUCCAAUUACGUGUAAAUACUCUUUCUGGUAUUCGGACUUCGUUUGUAGGCAGUGCGAUGGAAGGGUCUUACCGAGCUUGCCAAAAUGAAGGAGGAACUGGAAGCGAUCGCCGCCGAAAGGCCAUCAUUGAGGGCGCAGUCACCAACAGGCAGCUAUUCACUGGCAUUAUUCGAGAGUCAAGAGCUGGUUUCAUCGCCCUAGCGGAAGCAGUAGGUAUUGCGACAGCCUCGUCAAUGGAUGACUACGUGGCGAAGGUAGGUAGAAGUCUCAACAUUAUUCGCGACCAGAAUGUUGCUUCAGAGAGUGGACGAGAUCCUGCUUUCCGCCGGCGAGUUGAAGAGGCGGUGGGAAUUGCACAAGAUAUCAUGUCAGGUGUUGAAGAUAGGAUCCGGGCUUAGCGUAUUUGUACCUUUGUGUAACUUCAGUGUGUAACUUGAUAGCUUUCAUUCUUGUGCUGAUUAGUUGACUACUCAAAUUCGAGUGCUUGGCUGCAACUCGUCCACCUCUUCCCAGUUCAUAAAGUCAAUAGCGUUCCAGUACAAUUUUCGUUUUAUUUUACAAAAUAGUUCAAAAAUUACUAUCAAAUAUAAAGGUGUGUUCAAAGUAUUAAUUAUAAUAUUAAAUACAGUAUUUGGAUGCAUACCGUCGACUCAAUAGUCUCCUUCUUUCCCACGUCGAUUGUAUUACUCCUUUAAUACUCGCUCCAAGCAAAACUUUUAGCUCAUUAUUCAUUUCAUUACCCGAUCAAGCCCAAGUUUGAGGUUUGUAACAGACAACCCCUAAGCCUUGGGAAGGCAGACAGGGCCGUGACCAAAAAUUGCGGGCCAGGAGCCUCCAGGGCAAGUAAAGGUUGCGCUGUUAUCCUCAAUAGACUUGGGGACGAUCUUGGAAUCCUUGGGGAUGCAGACGGGGCCGUGGCCGAAGAUAGAAGGCCAAGAGCUCUCGGGGCAGGUGAAGGUGUUCUGAUCACCCUCGGCAUCUCUAGCGUUGACGCCAGAUGCCUUGGGGAUACACGCCGGGCCGUGACCGAAGAGCGCAGGCCAGGCAUUGCCAGGGCAGGUAAAGACAAUACCCUUGUCAUCAUCGGAUCUGGCGACGUUGGUAGAAGAUGUCUUGGGGACACAGGCAGGGCCGAUGCCAAAGAUGGCGGGCCAAGCGGUCUCAGGGCAAGUGAAGAGGAUGGGAGAUUCCUCAACAGUGGACUUGGGGACACAGACGGGACCAUGGCCGGCCAUCUUGGGCCAGUUGCCCUCGGGGCAGGGCAUGGGACCAGUAGAGGAGGGGAUGGGGCCAGCCAUAACAGAGGCAGCGAGGACAGCAACAGUUGCAAUAGUGGUAUACAUCUUGCUUGGGUGUAUUGAAGUAAGAAGUGUAGUAGGAGAGGAGUAUAGAUAAUGAUUGAAGAGAGAGAUGAGUGUCUGAAUUGCUUCGAUAACUGGAAAGGAGCAGACGAGAGGGCCGACUUUAUACUUGGACCGACGAGCGAAAGACUUUUCACGAAGGACCUUUGAGUACUCUCGGCCUAAUCCUCAAUUCCGUCCAUAUUAAGCACAGCGUGGAAGUCUACGACCUUCA